GGAAGCAGAUCUGGAUUGAACAGUGCCGAGCGGAAAGGAUUCGGACGGUGGCGAGCGGAAAGGAUUCGACGGUACUUUGGACCACGCCUGUGGUUCCGCGAGGACGCCUGUGAAAAGAAGUGUGGUAACUAGGCAGAUCCUGAACUCGGAGUUUAUCGGAGUGACAAGUAAGGGGAAGUUGCAUCAGUGGCGCUGGGCAGACGGAGCAGUGAACCGACCAACAUCUACCACCCGAAGAUGGUUCCGCAGGAUUUACUGUACGAGAAGGUCACGUACAUUUCGUGGACAUCAAUCCGGUUUCCGGUCUCUACCGAAAGUGGACGCAUCGCCACUUAGAAGGACAAGUUGCUCGAUUAUGCCGGCAGCAAGCUGGAACAUGUGGCCACCAGCUGUUUGGGCUGGACAAGGACGGAUAAAUCCCACGUGUACGCUCUAAACCGUUUCAAGCACUGAAAGUGACGAACUGGUGGGGCGUCUUGCCGUUUGGCCAACGUAAACGACUUUGGGACAAAUACAACGCAACGACUAAAAAGCCGGGGCCCAGAUAUGCAUGAAGAACAGUCCCAUGUACCAGCACGAAGCGAUCGGAUUAACGAUCUCGAACGGAGUUCCGAAAUUCGGUCAGCUACUGAAUGCCGCUUGGGAUCACACCAUCAUUUGUCGCUUCAAGCUACUCCCAAUGUCGACCCUGUCCUACAACAAGAUCGCCUCCGGUGGAGCAUCCAACUCAAGUUCAACCGGAACCGAAGGCCUCCUGUCGUCAUCGGAAGUCAAAGAAAAAGUAUGCAGCUCUAGUUUGGGCAGUGGCAGCGGCAGCACCAAGAAAGCCUCCGGAGUCCGGAGGCAGCAAAGAAACGCUCGAUUCGAGCACUUGAGUGACACUGGAAGUGCUGGCAACUCGCGCAAACGAAUGGCCCCCAAGAAGGACGAGGAGUAGUGGCUGCUAAGGAACGUCAUCUUCGUGGGGACGUACACUCGGUACCAUUGGGCUCGGUACCAUUGGGCUCGUGACCAAGGUGGACGGUGACUACGCGAUGAUCGCGGAUAAGCCAGCGUUUUGGACAUGUUUAAGGAGAAAGUGUUUGACGACAGCUGCUCGAGGGAGGGAGAUACCGUUGACAGAACUUGGGAAAAUGUCUCCCAUCAGAGGGCACUUCCGUAAUCUACCGUGAGCAAGUAUCGAAAUAUGAAAGAAAACGCAACGGAGAAUCCAACUUCCUGUUGGACAUAAAAAAAGAAUAGAAAAAAAAGAAAAGAAUUUAUUAUGACAUUUGAAUCAAAUACAAAACUGUUACAA